AUGUCUAGCAGCCUAGCUGCCGGUCCCAAUUCGUUGGGUACCAACGACCGGCCCGCUACCCCAGAAUUCCCUCCCGCCGAGGAGGCUGUGCUGCCAGCCCUGCCGCGCCAUCAUGUCGCAGCGACGACACGGCUAUCGACCCCGAAAUCUUUAUCCAAGCCCACCGACACCGACACCGAUAUCGACACCAGAGAUGCAUGCACAGUCUCUGUCUUAGCGGCUCAGCAACGCGUCAAGCUCGUUAAAGGCAAGGAUGGAAAUUGGCUUCCCGCUCCAGACGCACGGCUCGUCAACAACCUCUCCUGGGUCGUGGGGUUUAUGGAACUUGCCAACGCAUGUGAUUUUGCUGCCAAUGUCUGGAACAGCAUCCCAGUCCCCCUUUAUGCCGUAGUCCUGAUGGCCAUUGGCGGCUCGGUCGCAGGUUUCUUGUCCAUCUUUGCCUUUCGAGACGCCAAGCGAGCUUGUUACAAUUGCCGGUACUUGCGGAAGCAGAGAACGCUGCUUCUCCAAGAGAAGAGCCAGCGCCAACGCGAGGCCAAGUUUGAUUCAACCAUGGAGCUGGAUGUCGUCCUUGAUAUAAACACUCGCGAGCUAGGCACGGAACUGUUGGCUAGGUGGAUCAUGGACCUGCUCAUGGGCUGCGGCGCCAUUCUCAUCUCCAUAGGUACAUUCAUGGCUAUAGGUGGUGCGGAUCCCAAAGUCUUCCUUGCCUCCAACCUGCUCUCCGGAUACGUCGGUAACACGCCCAUUGCAUUGUUUGGCCUCGUCAACUCCAGCUGGGCUGGAUUCGUCUUCUUCAAAGCCCAAGGACACGUGACUGCGUCACGGAGGCUCUUGGGGUCUUGUACCGCAGCGGCCCUCGUCAAGAGACGAGCUCGCAGAGUACAAGCCUUUUCCGUUAUCAACGGAACUGCUACAAUUCUCGGCGGCGCAGGCUCCAUGGUAACCGCUACACGGUGGUGGGGAUACCUGAUCCUCCUUCCCGUCAUUAUAUCUUCCAUCCUUUGUAACAUGUGGUGGAGAAGGGUGAUCGGUUAUACCAGAUCAGAAGGCCAUCCCAACAUGGUUUCUGAGGAGCUGUCCAAAGCACUCGAGCUUGCCGCCGCAGCCAAGGUCAGGAGCCGGCAUGACGCUGAGGCACUAAAAUGGUGCUCCGAGAUGCCGACGCGGCUGGGGGACAUGCUCAGCUUCCUGUCUCUGCACUCGCUAUUCCACCAGUAUUGCCUUGAGGCCUUGGCAAAUACGGAACUUCGUCAAGCUCUGGGUGGAAACGAUUGCGAUGCUACUGCGUUGGAGAUUAGUCCUUACGACAUUUUUGCUCUCCCUUGCGAGCUGCACCCCAUGCUGAUGGAUGCUGCCAAGAAAGUUGUUGACAGUGUUACGCAGGACCAUUUCACGAAUAGAGAACGGUAUCUUUCCGAGUUACUAGGUACAUACUGCAGCAUAGUUUGGAAGCAGGGGCGUCUCGAUAAACAGGAUUUGGAAAAAGCAUAG